AUGGCCUUCAUCUCUAUGGUUAUCGCUAAGAUUCUCAAAGGUGAAAGAAAAACACGGAAAAGGGAAAUGGCAGAAAACACAGAGAAUCAUGCUUUUGCCGUGCUGAUGAAAAAGAAUACCAGUGAGACAGUGCCACCUAAUGGUGGGAUCCUGAAGCUGCUUUGUUAUUUUAACCGUUUUCUUCUUCGUAUUUGUCAGAGAGUCCCACGGACAGGUUGGGUAUACAGAAAUGUGAAAAAUCCAGAGAGUGUCUCGGAUCACAUGUACCGGAUGGCAGUUAUGGCUAUGGUCACCAAAGAUAAUCACCUUAACAAAGACCGAUGUAUACGCCUAGCCCUGGUUCACGAUAUGGCAGAAUGCAUCGUUGGGGACAUAGCACCAGCAGAUAACGUCCCCAAAGAAGAGAAACAUAGGCGAGAAGAGGAAGCUAUGAAACAGAUAACCCGGCUUCUACCAGAGGACCUCAGAACAGAGCUCUAUGAACUUUGGGAGGAGUAUGAGACCCAAUCUAGUGCAGAAGCUAGAUUUGUAAAGCAGCUGGAUCAAUGUGAGAUGAUCCUUCAGGCAUUUGAAUAUGAAGAUCUUGAGAACAAACCUGGAUGCCUCCAAGAAUUCUAUGAUUCCACAGCAGGAAAAUUCAGUCACCCUGAGAUAGUCCAGCUUGUUUCUGAACUUGAGACAGAAAGAAAUGCGAACAUAGCUGAGGCCACAAACAAGCCUUUCUCAUAAGCGUUACAUUCCUGAAAUGUUUUCUUUCUGUUUCAUGAUACUGUUUUGCCUUUGUUAGUCUGCUAAUUUCUCCAGAUAUGAGUCUGUUUAUUUUCAAUUGCAACAGAACAGGAAGGGGUCAUAUGAAAUACCAUGGAUAAAGACUAGACAGGAGAGUUCCUUUUUUUUUAUUAUGAACUAAAUAAAUAUUAAAUACUUU